AACCUCAGGAAAAUUUCAUUGCAAUCCUCUGAAUUUUCCCUAACUAGAAAUAAAGAGAUUAUAUACAUACACGAGCAAAGCGCUCUCCUCCAGUUGUCUUCCUUCGUUCGCUCAUCUCUCCUCGUACAUUAUUAGCAUACGACCUCUUGUAUCGGACCCGGAUCCGCUAUCGUUAACGUACACACGUUCUAGUGCUGAAUGGAGAUGGAGAGCACCACCGGCACCGGCAACGGCCUUCACAGCCUCUGCGCCGCCGGGAGCCACCAUGCCGACCCACUGAACUGGGGGGCGGCGGCAGCAGCCCUCACAGGGAGCCACCUCGACGAGGUGAAGCGGAUGGUCGAGGAGUACCGGAGGCCGGCGGUGCGCCUCGGCGGGGAGUCCCUCACGAUAGCCCAGGUGGCGGCGGUGGCGAGUCAGGAGGGGGUAGGGGUCGAGCUCUCGGAGGCGGCCCGUCCCAGGGUCAAGGCCAGCAGCGACUGGGUCAUGGAGAGCAUGAACAAGGGAACUGACAGCUACGGGGUCACCACCGGGUUCGGCGCCACUUCUCACCGGAGGACGAAGCAAGGCGGUGCUUUGCAGAAGGAACUUAUAAGGUUCUUGAAUGCCGGGAUCUUCGGCAACGGCACGGAGUCGUGCCACACCCUGCCUCAAUCCUCCACCCGAGCCGCCAUGCUCGUCCGGGUCAACACCCUCCUCCAGGGCUACUCCGGCAUCCGUUUUGAGAUCCUCGAGGCCAUCACCAAGUUCCUCAACCACAACAUCACCCCGUGCCUGCCCCUCAGGGGCACCAUCACUGCCUCAGGCGACUUGGUCCCCCUCUCCUACAUUGCCGGGCUCCUGACGGGCCGGCCCAACUCCAAGGCCGUCGGGCCUGAUGGGAAGUCCCUGGACGCUGUCGAGGCCUUCCGGCUCGCCGGGAUUGACACGGGCUUCUUCGAGCUGCAGCCAAAGGAAGGGUUGGCGCUCGUGAACGGCACGGCAGUCGGGUCUGGCCUGGCUUCCAUCGUCCUCUUCGAGGCCAACAUACUCGCGGUCCUGUCCGAGGUCCUGUCAGCGAUCUUCGCAGAGGUGAUGCAGGGGAAGCCGGAGUUCACAGACCACUUGACGCAUAAAUUGAAGCACCAUCCCGGGCAGAUUGAGUCUGCGGCUAUAAUGGAGCACAUUUUGGAUGGAAGCGCUUACGUGAAGGCUGCUAAAAAGUUGCACGAGAUGGAUCCGCUCCAGAAGCCAAAGCAGGACAGGUACGCUCUCAGGACUUCUCCCCAGUGGCUAGGGCCCCAGAUUGAGGUGAUCCGAGCGGCAACCAAGAUGAUUGAGAGGGAAAUCAAUUCGGUCAAUGACAACCCGCUGAUCGACGUCGCGAGGAACAAGGCCCUGCACGGUGGGAACUUCCAGGGGACCCCGAUUGGUGUCUCCAUGGACAACACUCGCCUGGCGGUUGCGUCCAUAGGGAAGCUCAUGUUCGCGCAGUUCUCAGAGCUUGUCAAUGACUUCUACAACAACGGGCUGCCCUCAAAUCUGUCGGGCGGCCGCAACCCUAGCCUGGACUACGGCUUCAAGGGUGCAGAGAUCGCCAUGGCGUCAUACUGCUCGGAGCUCCAAUUCCUCGCCAAUCCCGUUACCAAUCAUGUCCAGAGCGCGGAGCAGCACAACCAGGAUGUCAACUCCCUAGGCCUGAUCUCAUCGAGGAAGACCGCCGAGGCCAUCGACAUAUUGAAGCUCAUGUCUUCCACUUUCCUGGUUGCUCUGUGCCAGGCAGUUGACCUGAGGCAUCUGGAGGAGAACCUGAAGAGCACGGUGAAGAACACGGUCGGCAGGGUGGCCAGGAAAGUCCUCAUGGUGGGCGCUAAUGGCGAGCUCCACCCGUCUCACUACUGUGAGAGGGACCUGCUCAAAGUGGUCGACCGCGAGCAUGUGUUCACCUACGCUGAUGACGCCUGCAGCGCCACCUACCCGCUGAUGCAGAAGCUGAGGCAAGUCCUGGUCGACCAGGCACUGGUGAAUGGCGAGAGCGAGCUGAACCCGAGCACUUCGAUCUUCCAAAAGAUCGUGGCCUUCGAGGAGGAGCUCAAGGCCCAGUUGCCGAAGGACGUCGAGGGCGUUCGAGUCCAGUACGAGACAGGCAACCUCGCCAUCCCCAACCAGAUCAAGGAAUGCAGGUCCUAUCCAUUGUACAAGCUGGUGAGGGAGGAGCUGGGGACUGCCCUGCUCACGGGCGAGGGCGUGAUAUCCCCUGGCGAGGACUUCGACAAGGUCUUCACUGCGAUCUGUGCUGGAAAACUGAUUGAUCCGCUGCUGGAGUGCCUAAGCGGUUGGAACGGUGCUCCUCUUCCCAUCUCUUAGGAAUUGUCCUAUAUUCUUUCUCCUUCUUUUUCCCUUUCCGUUACUUGCCAAGUAAAUCUCAUGUAUCCAAUCUUUUCUAUCAAGAGACAAUUGUAUUUCUUGUUUUCUGUUU